AGUCCAUGGGGGGCUGAGAAAUGUCCAGUGAGGACGUUGAGAAGUUUGACGCUACGUUCUUUGCCAUUGCCCAGCAAUGCGAAGGUGGAAUUCAAGAGUUGCUUGAUGUUUUCUUUGGUUUCCUUGGACGUAAAACUGAUUUUUUUACUGGUGCGAACAGGGGUCAGGCAGAAAAGAUUAUUUUAGAUAAAUUUAAAGAACACGAGAAGAAGGCCGUCAAGGCAAAGGAGAAGGAGAAGAGAGAACAGGAAGAAAAAAAGGCCGCGAAGGAAAAAGCAAAGAAAGCGAAAGAAAUGGAGGAAGGUAAGAAGAAGAAAGAAUCUGCUGACGAACCAAGGAUAAAAGAACUGACUGAUGAAGAAGCGAAAAAAUUAGAAGAACAAAUAAACUUAAAUAACGGAGAGACUAUGGAUGACGAAACUGAUGUGAAAGCGCCCGAGAGCAAGACAAAUGAUAAGGAUAAUAAGAAUGAUAGCGAUGAAGACGAAGAUUCCAAAGGCAAACUAAAACCAAAUGCUGGAAACGGAUGCGAUCUAGAGAACUACAGCUGGACACAGGUUCUUUCUGAACUGGAGCUAAGAGUACCGUUGAAGGUCAAUUACAAAGUCAAAAGUAGAGAUGUUGUAGUCGAUGUUAAGAAGAAGACCAUCAAAGUUGGUUUAAAAGGUCAUCCUCCCAUCAUCGACGGUGAAUUAUAUAAAGAGGUGAAAAUGGAAGAAUGUAUAUGGGUUUUACAGGAUCAAAAUACUGUUGUAGUUACGAUAGAAAAGGUGAAUAAAAUGGAAUGGUGGUCCAAAGUGGUCGUCACUGAUCCUGAAAUAAACACGAAAAAAGUUCAACCAGAAAAUUCGAAGUUGUCUGAGCUUGAUGGUGAAACACGUGGUAUGGUUGAAAAAAUGAUGUACGACCAGAGACAAAAAGCUAUGGGAUUACCUACUUCGGAUGAUAAGAAAAAACAGGAUGUUUUGAAAAAAUUCAUGGAACAGCAUCCAGAAAUGGAUUUCUCACAGGCUAAAUUCUCAUAAUCAUGCAAGCUGUUUUUCAUGCAUAUUGUACUGUCUGGAACAUGUUUUCAUACAAAUUUCAUGAUUUUUCGUUUGACUAUGCUCAAUGCUGCCGUAGAAAAGGAAAGUAGCACAAAAUAUCAAUGUUUACUGCCAUUAUAAGUUGUCAAUUCUCGCCUAUCAAUAGGUCCAAUGGUGGAGCUUGCGUUUGGUAAAAUAAGUGAUAACAGCUCGUAUGUAUUUACGUUUUGAAAUAAUUUGCACUCAAUUUGAUUGGAAAUUUUGAAUUUAUAAUUAAGCUGCUAUAAUUUAUUUUAUCUAAAACGGUGUGUCUGCUCCGCAGAUAUGUUUAUUAAAACUCUGUAAUUUGAUGCAAGGCAUA